CGCAGGUCCCCCCAGGAUGGCAGACAAGGUGGUCCCACGGCAGGUGGCCCGGCUGGGCCGCACCGUGCGGCUGCAGUGCCCUGUGGAGGGGGAUCCACCGCCGUUGACCAUGUGGACCAAGGAUGGCCGCACCGUCCACAGCGGCUGGAGCCGCUUUCGCGUGCUGCCCCAGGGGCUAAAGGUGAAGCAGGUGGAGCGGGAGGAUGCCGGCGUGUACGUGUGCAAGGCCACCAACGGCUUUGGCAGCCUGAGUGUCAACUACACCCUCGUCGUGCUGGAUGACAUUAGCCCAGGGAAGGAGAGCCUGGGGCCCGACAGCUCCUCUGGGGGUCAAGAGGACCCCGCCAGCCAGCAGUGGGCACGACCACGCUUCACACAGCCCUCCAAGAUGAGGCGCCGGGUGAUCGCACGGCCUGUGGGCAGCUCCGUGCGGCUCAAGUGCGUGGCCAGUGGGCACCCUCGGCCCGACAUCACAUGGAUGAAGGACGACCAGGCCUUGACGCGCCCAGCAGCCGCCGAGCCCAGGAAGAAGAAGUGGACGCUGAGCCUGAAGAACCUGCGGCCGGAGGACAGUGGCAAAUACACCUGCCGUGUUUCGAACCGCGCGGGCGCCAUCAACGCCACCUACAAGGUGGAUGUGAUCCAGCGGACCCGCUCCAAGCCCGUGCUCACAGGCACGCACCCCGUGAACACGACGGUGGACUUCGGGGGGACUACGUCCUUCCAGUGCAAGGUGCGCAGCGACGUGAAGCCGGUGAUCCAGUGGCUGAAGCGUGUGGAGUACGGCGCCGAGGGCCGCCACAACUCCACCAUCGAUGUGGGCGGCCAGAAGUUCGUGGUGCUGCCCACGGGCGACGUGUGGUCGCGGCCCGAUGGCUCCUACCUCAAUAAACUGCUCAUCACCCGUGCCCGCCAGGACGACGCGGGCAUGUACAUCUGCCUGGGCGCCAACACCAUGGGCUACAGCUUCCGCAGCGCCUUCCUCACUGUGCUGCCAGACCCAAAACCACCAGGGCCACCUGUGGCCUCCUCGUCCUCAGCCACUAGCCUGCCAUGGCCUGUAGUCAUCGGCAUCCCGGCCGGCGCCGUCUUCAUCCUGGGCACCGUGCUCCUGUGGCUUUGCCAGGCCAAGAAGAAGCCAUGCACCCCCAUUCCUGCCCCUCCCGUGCCUGGGCACCGCCAGCCAGGGACAGCCCGUGACCGCAGUGGAGACAAGGACCUUCCCACGUUGGCCGCCCUCAGCGCUGGCCCUGGUGUGGGGCUGUGUGAGGAGCAUGGGUCUCCGGCAGCCCCCCAGCACUUGCUGGGCCCAGGCCCAGUUGCUGGCCCCAAGUUGUACCCCAAAGUGUACACAGACAUCCACACGCACACACACACACACUCACACACGCACUCACACGUGGAGGGCAAGGUCCACCAGCACAUCCACUAUCAGUGCUAGAUGGUACUGCCCCUGCGGUGGGCGCAUGGGGCCGGCCAGACAGGCCGGCUGGGAGGAUGGAGGACGGUGCUGCAGACGAAGGCGGGGGACCCAUGGUGAGGAGGAACGGCCAGCACCCUGGGUGCUCUGUGGGAGGCAUAGCCCCUGGACACACAUACACAGACACACGCUGCCCGGAUGCAUAUAUACACACACGUGCACACACCCGCUGCCUGAACACAGGCACACGCAGACAUGCUCCCGGAACGCAUACGCACGCGUGCACAUGCGCAGGCAUGCUGCCUGGACACACACACAUGCUGCCCAAACGCACGCACAUGCACACAGACAUGCCAGAACAUACAUGGACAUGCUGCCUGAACACAUCACACGCAUGCACAGAUAUGCUGCCUCGACACACAUGCAUACACGUGCAGAUAUGCUGCCUCGACACACACAUGCAUACACGUGCAGAUAUGCUGCCUCGACGCACACAUGCAGAUAUGCUGCCUCGACACACACAUGCAGAUACGCUGUCCAGACACACGUGUGCAGUUAUGCUGUCCAGACACACGCACACACAUGCACAGAUAUGCUGCCUCGACACACGCACACACGUGCAGAUAGGCCGCCUGGACACACACAGGCAGUUGUGCUGUCCGGACACACACACACAUGCAGAUACGCUGUCCAGACACACACGUGUGCAGUUAUGCUGCCUCGACACACGCACACACAUGCACAGAUAUGCUGCCUCGACACGUGCGGACUGAGGUGCUUUUCAAAGGGUGUGCUGCGAGGCCCACAGUGCAUGUGCGGUGAGGCUCAUAGUGGAUGAAGGACUCUCCCUGCUCCACCGUCGCUCCCCCACCCCUGCCCGCUCUGCCCUCGCCUGGCCUUUACGGCUAUUUUUGCCACCUGUCUUGGGUGUCCAGGAGUCCCCUACUGCUGUAGGCUGGGGCUGGGGGCACAGCAGCCCCAAGCCUGAGAGGCUGGAGCCCGUGGCAGUCCCACCGCAUUCUCCCCCUGCCGGAGAGAAGGAGCCUUGAUAUUUAUAUUUAAGAAAUGAAGAUAAUAUUAAUAGUGAUGGAGGGAGGGCUGGGUUGCAGGGACUGUGGUCUCUUCUGGGGCCCGGGACCCGCCUGGUCUUUCAGCCACGCUGAUGCCUGCACCCCGUCCAGGCCAGGCACCACCCCCUACCCCACUGUCGUGGUGGCCCCAGAUCUCUGUAAUUUUAUGUAGAGUUUGAGCUGAAGCCCCGUAUAUUUAAUUUAUUUUGUUAAACAUGAAAGUGCAUCCUUCCUCUCCA